CUUGUAUAAUACAAAAGGUUACUCUCCGAGUCAAGUGGCGUGCGUGGGCAACGGUCAUUGCAUAUGUACGAUACAUACUGAUGAUUAUAUGUAGUGUACUUCCGUCGCCCGAUGGUCAAUGCAGCAUGAGCCGGCGCUGAACGGUGCUUUGCAAACGACGAUGUGCGCUGGAAUAUGGGACCGGCCUGUUUCGCCGUCCUGCAUCUUCGUCCAACAUUACAUAUCGGAGGAGCCGAGACACUUACUCCUCUAAGCGCGGGUCUUGCAUCUCUCCUUGGAAAGCCUAGAACGGAGGGUCCCAGGCUAGUCCGGCUAUGCAGCUUGGUUCCUAGUCAAGGCCCCUUCGUAACCAACAUCCGUGAGGAAGUAGCAGGGUGCGUGCCACACACACUCCAUUCAACAUUGCCGCGACAGCAGCGUAGCAGCCAUGGCACGCCUUGUGCAGCAGCGUUGCUGGUCAUUAGCAACAGUAGCAGCCCUGCUCGUGUACUGUACGGCGCUGCUGCUGGUAGCCAAGCCAGCAAGUGGUGCCGCCUGUGCCGCUUACGCUGGCUUAGGCGGGCAGUGCGGCUCAAGCGACGGUGACAAGUGCUGCCCCAGCGGCCAGUGUUGCUCCCGGUACGGCAACUGCGGCGUUACGACAGCCCAUUGCGGUACGGGUUGCCAGGCGGCGUACGGCACUUGCACGGCGGGAAGUCCGGAAACCAGCGGCGGCUGCCCCGACGGUUGGCUGCCGGCGGUUGGGACUGUGUACGAUAGCUGGCCCAAGCCGGGAAGCGUUACUUGUGUGCAGUACAACCGCUGUGAGCGGGCUGGUCAGUUUACCGCCAUCAACGACGGCGACGCGCCUCCAUGCAAGAAUGGUGCGCAGUGGCUAGACGGCGGCGACGGCGUCAUGGCUUGCAGGUUUCCGGAAGCAACCGUAAAGGCCUGGAACCUGGCGUCUACGUAUGACCUUGACGCAGCUCUGUUUGGCCGACAGCUCGAGGUGAUGGCACUGGGCGCACUAGCAGGUCGUACGGUGGUGGUGAACGUCAGAGAUGUUUGCAACGACAACGAAUGCAGGGGCUGCUGCAAGCACAGAACCGGCAACAAAGCGUGGAAGCUGAUUAACAUUGAGAAAUGGCCUGCCAGUCAGCUGCUUGGUUUUGACCCCACGGUAUCAGGCUUUGACGUCAGGAGGUUGAAGUAUCCGUGGGUUCCUUUGGGGCUGCGUGCUGGGGCUCCGGAGGGUUCGGUGAUGCCCCUGUGUUACAGGGACUUGGGUCCGGCGCCUGAGCUUCCACAUGGUGUUAAUGGCUUGCAGGCCCCAGUUGAUGAGCAGGGCGUGGCUUCGGAGUAGGCACCAGAAUAUAAAAGCAUGCGCGGUGUUGGGUGCAUCAGGCGAUGCGCUCGUGGUAAGAAGCAGGACUGGGUUAUAGCAGAGGUCCUUUAUUGUACUAGUGUGCAAGGCCCGUUGACACAUGCCAGCUUGGGUCGUAGAAGCUGUGUUACUGAAGAAUUAGUUUAGUAUGACGCUAAACCCAGUACAAUACCGGAAGCAAUGUUGAGUCGCCAUCCAAGACAAGAACACGUGUCCUGCACUGUUAAAGCGACGUGGUGGGCGUGGGUGUUUGCCGCCUCCACGAGUGUUGUUCGUGUAUGUGAGUAUGCCCAUGGCGGUACCUCUAAUUCCUCACGUCUUAAUGGUGCAUAGUAAUAAUAAUGUGUUUGCUUGCAUUGCUCGUAGGAGUAAUGGCAAAUUUGUAUAUCUGUAUUGCAUUGCGGUUGUGUAUUUAGUUUGGACGAGCCGGGGUUGUGGGUGCGUCGUGUAUGUUGCCCAACCAGGCUUCGCCUGUGUGCGAGGCUGCUGAAGUGUGGUGUGAUCCUAUAGGUGGUUUUGGUCUGUUGAUUGACCCCAUAGCCAUGUAGCGUAUCGAUUCGAGGAAGGUUUCGGGCGAUGGCGUGAUGGGUUGUGACGUGAGGCAAGGGACCCACGGGUCACCACGGAAUAGCAACACAUGCCAGCAUUACAAUGGGUAAAUUUGCCGUACACAAUAAGCAACGAAGUGUCAACCUGCCGAAACUGUAAAAAAAAGGCAACGACA